AAUUUGUUGAAUGUCAUUUGUAGAAUGACUUGACGAAGCAUAAUAACAUUUUUAAGAAGUUUUCUUUCAAUCAGAUACCAGGGAUACAGGAUGCAUCAUGGGUAGACAAAAUGAUUACUUCACGCCACAUGCAAAAUAUUCGUCUAUUGAUGAAAAAAUGACACCUAGGAUCGGGUUUAUGGAUGCUCCUUUUACUACUGAAAGUGCUGAUACCAGGGAUGCAGGAUGCAUCAUUGGUAGACAAAAUGAUUACUUCCCGCCACAAACAAAAUAUACUUCGUCUAUUGAUGAAAAAAGUACACCUAGGAUCGGAUUUAUGGAUGCUUCUUUUACUACUGAAAGUGCUGAUACCAGGGACUCAGGAUGCAUCAUUGGUAGAAAAAAAGAUUACUUUCCGCCACAAUCGAAAUAUACUUCGCCUUUUGAUGAAGAAAUUACACCUAGGAAUGGGUUUAAGGAUGCUCCUUUUGCUACUGAAAGUGCUGAGAAUAUGGAUCAAAAUGAAUACGAUUGUCUUAGAGGGUAUCAGUUUGAACAAUCAAUUCAGGAGCCGAUAUUUAAAGAGCAUGAAGCACACAUCGAAACGAAAAUUACAGAAUAUGAAUUCUUAGUUCAACAAUUAGAAAACAGUCAGGGUUUAAUGCAUUGCAAGGCAGAUGGGAAUGUAGAAGUUCUCAGACAACAGAAUGGUGAAAUAAAAAUAUCUGGACCAAAAGACGUGGUCUUUAAAACCAAAAGUUCAAUUGUAUUGUAUUUGAGGAAACUGGAAAAAGCCGAGGAAGUUUCACAAUAUGUCGAAUGGAUAUUAUUGAUUAAUAGAGGAAAAGUUAAACCUUUCGAUAAAAUUCUUAGCUACGAACUAGAAACAAAAUAUAAGGAAAAUGAUCAAUCAACUGCGUUUGACCAUUACGGGACAUUGAUGUUCGUUGACUACGCUUCAAUGCAUAUCUGGUACGAUGGUGAUGACGCAUAUACAUACAAAAUUUCAAGAAUCAUAAAAGACUCUGUUUCAUUUAAUGUUGGUUUUCCAUCGUCCUGGACACAUAUGGAACUUGGGGUUCAGUGUACAGAAGAAAAAGGAGACAGAGGAGACGAAAUAUUUAAUUUUAUUCAAAACAAAUUUUGGAAGACCGAUAGAAACAUCACAAUUUUACAGAUAUUACGGGUUCAAAAUCGACACUUGUUUUCACAGUUUUAUGUUAAACAGAAAGAAUUACAGCAAAAAAAUGGUACAGACUCAGAACUGUUGCUAUGGCAUGGUACUUCGAAAGAUUGCAUUGAUAAAAUCAUAAAUAAUGGUUUCAAUAGAAGUUAUUGUGGCAGAAAUGGCACGGCUUAUGGCAAAGGAGUGUAUUUUGCAGUGAAGUUACGUUUGUCCUUGAAAUACACAUCAACAUCGUCUGGAAUUGGCCACAUGUUAUUAGCUACAGUUGAAGUUGGUGAGAGUUGCCAAGGAUAUCGAAAUAUGCCAGUGUUGCCAUCACGCGAAGAAUGUGCGAGCCAUAUUACUUACGAUUCAGCAUGUGAUGAUCCGGAUGAUCUUUCGAUGUUUGUGAUAUUUAAUGACAUACAGGCAUACCCGUCAUACCAUGUUACAUUCAGAUAUCACAACUGGUAACAAAAGUCGUCGUUCUCAUUUGGUCGCUUUUGUAACUUGCAAGGAAUUUAGCAACAUGUUUUAAAAAAGUAGUUUUAAAUGUUAAUAAGGACUUUCCCGGACUUUCCAGGAUAUUCGUUUGACUGUCU